AUGGAGGAUGGUGUGGGAGGGUGGAAGAGGGUCAAGGGGAGUCGUCGCAUCCUGCUGAGAGCGUCAGAGAGAGGUCAGGCAUUGGUGCAGGGGCUGCGGGCUGCCCUUGCCCCGGCCCUGAGCCAACAAGUGCAGUGCAGCCACAGAGAAACUUGUUCUUUGCUGAAGGUAUUUUCGCAGUUUGGGGCUCUCUACUCUCUUAGACUUCUUCCAAAUGCUGGCAUAGCUGAUCCUGGUUACUAUGCAGUUGCCAAAUUUUACUCCUCUCGAGAUGCUGCCCGGGCACAGGUGGCAUGCGACAAGAAGUCCCUGUUCCAGCAUUUUCCACUGAAGGUGCGUGUCUGUAACAAACAGAAAGGAUUUCAGAACAAAUUUCUUGCACUGAGCAGCAACAAGUGCCAGGAUCUUGCCAACCAUUAUCUAGGAUUCAACGGCUGGUCCAAGAGGAUUAUAGCUCUCCAGAAUAUUUCAGGCUUUGAUGAGCAAGAUGAUGAAGGCCUGGAGCAGAAUAAGCUGAAAUAUUUGUGUGUCCUGGAAGUUAUGUUUCCCAAUCAUGGAAUUCGCAGUCGUGGGGUGGGUGUUGCUGAGGAAGUCCUGGAAAAGUCUAAUGAUCCAUUAGAACCUCUUGUGAAAACAGGGAAGCUGCAGAAAUAUGCUGUUCAGAAAGCCUUGUCUGAUGCGUUCCAGAAAAUACUCUUAUUAAUUUUUGAUAAUGGAAAGGUUGCUGUGGAGCAUGUUCUUUCAGAGGAUAAUGCUGUUGAAUGCUUAACAGAAGAGGAACUACAGGGAUUGAUACAGGUAAAUGAUUUUACUUGGACGCAUAUGACUCAGGAAGGGGAAGAGGAGGAUCUCUCAGAAAUGACCUUUCAUGAAGAAUCAUUUGCAGAUAGGAAGUAAAAAGAUUGGCGAAAUCAUGACAGAUCUGUUUAUCUGUAGAAUUUUUUUUUUUUUAUUGUAAAUUGUUGCUUGAUUUUAAAGAUUUAAUUAAAUUUAUAUUUGUUACUUGGA